CCUCUCACCUGCCUCCGCCGACCGGGACGCGGGCCUUGGGUCUUUUUCUUGUCUGAGGCUCCCUUAAUCCUUCCGUACGCGAGCGCCUCGGCCUGUACGGUAUUGUAUCGAAACCACCUACGCGCUUUCUCCUCGAUACCCAGUACUAAAGACCCGGUCCAUCUCCCUCUUCUCCCCUACCGUCUUAUAUCAUCUACUUCUAUCGUCCGGAUCCUUUACCUUUCACUUUGAAAUCAUUAUGCUCACCCCUUCUUCUACUUCUGCCUUUACAACUACUUGAGAAAUCCACCAUUUCCCCUCCAAAGGGUUGACACCACCACUACCAUUGUUCUUCCCCACCUUCUCUCACCGCCACUUGCCCAGUUCUCCGAUACACUACGCACAGCAAUUGCUUUCUCGACAAAAUUCUCAUUCCAUGGCCAUGCAAUAUUCACAGCAGGGCUUCUAUGACUUUGGCCCUCACUGGCCCGAGGACGUGAAGCCCGCCUUGACCGAAGACAAUUCUUCUGUCCUGGACGACAGAGUCCUCGACUCCUCUACCCCGGCCGACAUGACAGCGGCUGCUCCCAUUGACACUGGACAUCUCGCCAUGACUAAAGUGGAGGACGACUACGCAGGAUCUACGCAAGUCUGGCAGGAAAGGCCUCAAGCUGUCGUGCAUGCCGCCCGACACUACUCACAGCCUUCGAUGUCCUUAGCCAACGUCAACACCUCGUUCUUUGCUCAACCGCCUUCUACUAACUGUGGUUCCGGAUUCGCGCAGACCCCUUCCUGGCCACUCUCGGCACGUUCGGAGGCUAGCACUCCUACGCCAUUUUUCUCAGCACAGGACCAGUUCAGCCAGCAAGUCCAAUAUAACGGCGGCCCAGUCACGUUGUCUGGGUUCUCUCAACAGGAUCCCUUGUCGGCAGUUUCCAUGUCCCCGCAGUCGAGUCAAGGAGGAUGGGCCUCGGCCACCUCCUCAAAUGCCACGGUGCGCAGUCGCCGUCUGCGGCAUCACAGGUACCGGGCUCCCUCGCCUGGACUGGUGGUCAGGUCAGAUGGUAUCAGGAAGAAGAACGCCAAGUUUGAUAUUCCCGCCGAACGGAAUCUCGCCAACAUCGACCUCCUUAUUGCGUCGUGUGUGAAUGACGAGGAUAAGAAAGAACUCAAGCAACAGAAACGUCUUCUCCGCAACCGUCAAGCUGCGCUUGAUUCCCGUCAACGCAAGAAGACUCAUACUGAGAAGCUGGAGCAAGAGAAGAAGAUCUUCACGGACCAAAAGAAUGAGAUGGAAAAUACAAUCGCUCACCUCGAAGCAUCUCUCCACCAAGAGAGAGAACAGUGGGCACGUCAACGCCAACAAUGUGAACAAUAUAUCCAGCGACUGCAGUAUGAACGGGACGAGGCGAUUAGGACCAAGACUCUCGAUACCGCCGACCUUCGACGCCAGAACAACAUUCUCAAGGAUACUGUCAGAGAAUUGGAAAGGCAACAGCAUGUCAAAACCUUUUCGAACAGUGCUGCCGAUGCCUUCACCAAUGACUUUACCAACUUCCGAAGUUUGGACCUCGAAGACACAUGGGAAAAUGAAUUCAGUCUGAUCAACACAGAGGACCUGAAGAUGGAAGAGAAUGAGACACUUCAGCGGCAAGCGACCCCACGUCCCCACACAUCGACUCAGCCCUUGGAAGGCGAUAGUCUCGACGUCAAGGUCGAUACUGGCUUCAGCUGGAAUACUUUCUACAUGUGCCUGCUUGCCGGUGCCUUCAUCGUCUCUCAGACCGGCUCGCAAACGACCAAUGCAGCCUCAGCUGCUGUCAUCACCCCUAUCAUGCCAGCCCUUGCUGACGACUAUCGUGCCGAAGCUGGCAACGUUCUCAACGCAGUACUUGCUUCCGCUCCGGCCGGUGCACAUGAAGCACUUCCAUCUCGUCCAGCAUCGACCAUAGAACACAGCGACUAUCAACAGGCAAGAGAGGCACAGUCCGACAUGAUGUCUUCCACCGGACAUGCUGCUGAGACUUCUUUGGACAGCUUGCACGCAACACUCACAACGCCAUCACGUCAUCAGCAGACCAGUGCCGCGUUCUCUCUAUCGGCCUCCUCCUACAACCAUAUCACCAACGGGGGCAGUGUCUUUGACGAUGAUGACAGUGACGAUGUUGAGAUUGUUGAAGUCAAACCUACUCGUCUUCAGCAAUUGUUUGCCAACAUGCGAGCUGAACAAGAUGGUAUUGACAGGAUGGCGGGUAUGAGCAGCAAAGCCUCCGAAAGGAGUGUCCUCCUUGACCGUGUCCCCGAGAAGGUCCUCCGGGACUUUCGGGAGAUGAUUGCUCGCGUGGAGUAAGCUUAGGACUGAGUCUGGGCUUGACGCCAACCACAAAUUGCACUUGUUCCCUAUGUCUCCUUUUUUCGCGCUUCUUCAGCUCUGGACACCUGUCUUGAACAAGAAUGAUACUCGACCACCACAACAGAAACAACUACAAGAUCAUCGGCUCCAAGGCACAAUUUCUUUACUCCUACCAUAGUGGUUUUGUCUUUAUUCGGUAUUGGUUUGGGGAUUUGUUUUUUCUAUAUGAAUUGAAUGACCACUACAAACGAAUGGAAUGGAAACUCUGGAAUUUUUUUGGACUAUCAUAACGACCGUUACGAAACAGAUGGAAAUUGGGAACUCAGAACAGCACAGAAUGGGGCAACAGGGCAAUUCGGGACUGGCUAGGGCACAGUAUGAACGACCAAGUAUUGUUAAACAAGUUGUUUUGGAUGAUUUGAACAGAACUUGAAAAUGAAUUGGGGACCAGUCCGAAAGUAUCUUUGCCAUUUUUUUUGUUUUCCAUUUGAGCUAGCCUUGACGAACAAGAGCAAUCUUUUCUGUCUUCAUCACUGAUAUACAGAGAUCUUUUCUUGUUGUCUUUUCAAAGUUGUGUGUGACUGAGUGUGGGUGUGCUCCUGAACAAAAUGGGGCGAGG